AUGGACUUAUUAAAUCAACUUGAUGGAAAAAGGGCAAAAAUUCUUUUUCAUACAAUUGUUGGUGAUGGGCCAGUUGAAAUACACAACAAAGAGUUACUUCAAUGGUUAGCUUUGUGUUUCACAACUCUUUUUGCUGAUGAGGUGGACUUUAUGAAUGAUUUGAAUUACAAGAACUGGGCAACAUGGGAUAAAGGAUUUGAAAGAAAUGAGGUUCUAUACAAAUCAUUUCCUUGGACUGAUUUUUUAAAUGGCAAUUUUGAAAAAGCUUUUAAUAAUAUUUUCAAGAAACAGGAUGUUUUCGAGAAAUUCUUCAAAGGUGGUGAAUUAAGAGAUCUACAUGUUGAAACAAAUUAUAUCAAUAUUGAAGAUAUUUUAUUUAGAAUCUUGCCAGCCAUUAAGAUACCAAGAAAGAUUGAAAGACAUUUUGAAAAACCCAAAUUGGCUUAUAGUUUUACACUAGAUAUUGUGAGACUGAACAAACAAUGA